UGGUAGAUUGUGGUUAAACAUUUAUUUUGAAGAAAUUUAAUUCAAGUACCUACGGAACAUAUUGUUGGAAUUAGCGCAUAUCAGUGCGCGCGAGUCGGAUGUGCCACCGACGAUGAAUCUGUCCCGUUCGCUUCUUCACUCGAUUUCGCUGUAAAAACGCUUGAGGAGCUUUAUUGUCUCGGGGGCCUUUUACGACCUCUGUUUUGUGACGCUGUUAUUGUUUGCGGAUGAUAAACAUCUCGCCACUACUAGAUAUAAUAACCUUUUAAAUGGAAUUAAUGAAUAGGGAUUGCUCUAUGCUACCGAGAGAUUUUGCUUCAACGUCAGAAUCGGUUUUCAAGCAAGAUCCAAGACUUAUAUCAGCGAUUAAUAAACUUUACGGUAGAAAUGAAAAAGACGAUUCAAAUAGUGAAAUUGUAUUGCCUGAACGAAAACUAAAUUUUGAGGAAGUCCAGAAAAUGUUGAACAAAUCGUCUAAAGACACAGAGAAAGCGCCAAGUACGUAUUUGCAAGAAAGAAGUAAUAUUAGAAAGGAAUUGAUUAAAAACAUAGAAAAAAUACUGGAAAAAUUAAAUAGCUCUGCAGAGAAUGGUGAUACACCAAUACUGUUAUUAAGAAACCAGCGGCUAUGGAGUAACUGCGUUUAUGAUCUAAACAGAGUAACAUUGAAGGCUUUCGCGGACGCGAAAAAAACAACUUUGAGUUAUUCCAACCGGGAAGACAAGACGAGGUUUAACGCUGUAGUUUUUGUACUAACAAAAGUACACGAGUUAUUAUUGAAAAACCUUUCAGUUACUAGAAGGGAGCUUUUCUAUCAAAAUGUAACAAGACUUCGUAAUCAAGCCAACUUGGACAUUGCAGUGAGAGAUGUUUGUUGUCUCUUACAAACACCACCUUGGAAUUUAGGAAUAAUGGCAACAGCUAAAGGUCUAAUAGCGGGUCAUAUUCAAUUACAACUGCGAGAUGGUUCAUACGUUGAUUGUUUUGGGGCAGGCGGAACACUUAUACCACAGGACGUGAACGGCAUAAAAGAGUUUAGAUCGACUGCAAAAUAUAUAUUAGUUGUUGAAAAGGAUGCCAUCUUCCAGAAAUUAUUAGACGAAGGAGCGCUCGUGAGAUUGGGACCUGUGAUCAUUUUGACUGGCAAAGGUUACCCAGACGUGUGCACUCGACAACUUCUGUGUCGCUUGGUCAACGAGCUACGAUUGAAGGCACUAGCUUUAGUAGACGCUGAUCCACAUGGAUACGAAAUAUUUCUCACAUACAAAUACGGCUCUUUGGCUCAGUCCCACCUCUCGCAGUCACUGGCUUGCAGCUCUCUGCAACUGCUGGGAGCCAGACACGGUGACGUCAUGACCCUCGCGGAGAAAGAGGCACGCCUGAAGCUCACCGCUUUGGAUAAGAAGAAGAUUGUCAGCUUGCUCAAGAGGCCUUACCUUGAUACAGCAGUGGGUUUCAACAUAAAGAAAGACUUGGAGGAAAUGUUAGCGAGCGGAGUUAAAGCAGAAAUUGAAGCAUUAUCUCCCACGGCCGCUGCGCUAUGUGAUUUUUAUCUACCUUCAAAAAUUAUGCAGGGAAAAUACUUGGGAUAAAG